AUGUCUCCAUACCGGAUCAUCUAUGAGAAGUCAUGUCACAUCCCAGUAGAGCUGGAGCAUAUAUCUUAUUGGGCGGUUAAGAGCUACAACACUGAUCUUAAGGAAGCUGGACUAAACAGACUUCUUCAAAUUGAAGAACUUGAAGAAAUACAUUUGGAUACCUACUAUAGCUCAGACAUCUACAAACAAAAGACUAAGCUCAUACAUAAUGCCAACAUCCUAAGGAAAAAGUUCAAGGAGGGUAAUAAGGUGUUACGGUACCAAGCUCGAUUCAAGUUCAACAAGGGUAAAUUCAAAAUGAGCUGGGAUGGACCUUACAUCGUAACAAAAGUGCAUGAUUUUGGGAUGAUAGAGCUGAAGGAGGAGGCCACAAGCAAGAUGUUCUAA